AUGGUUUUGAAUAAUUUUUCUUAAGGCAUUUAAAACUACAAUGAGAGCAAAUAUAAUGAAGCCAUAAAAUUCUUAGAUUUAGCAAUUGUUGAAAAUAAUAAAAAUCCAGGAGUCUACUUUUAUAAAGGUUGUGCUCUUAAGAAUUUAAAGAAAUAUAAAGAAGCUAUCGAUUGUUUCAACUUAUGUUUAGAAAUAUAUCCAAAAUAUGUGAACGCAUUAGUAGAAAAGGGUUAUGCCUUCCUAAAUUUAGGUUUACAAGCAGAAGCAAGAUAAUGCUUUGAUUAAGUUGUAAUUUUAGAUCCGACAGCUAAUAGAUAUUAGUAACUAGGUUUAUAGUUUUUGUUUUUAGGAGAGACAUAGAUGGCAAAUAAUUAUUUUUAAAAAGUGAUUUAGAUACACCCUAAACCAGUUGAAGCAUUAAUAUAUUAAGGAAUUACUUAAAUAAUACUAAAAAAUUUGGAAAAAGCAUCCGCUAUCUUCAGGAAUGUGCUAGAAUUAGAUAAUUAAAAUACAAUCGCUCAAUGUUUCUUAGGUUAUAUUUUUAAUUUAUAAUCUAAAUUAGAAAAUGCUUUAGAAAUAUUCAAAAGAGUAAUCGAAUAAGAUAAAAAUUAAUUUUUUGGCUACUUAUUUAGAGCUCAGGUUUAUUUAUAUGAGAAAUAAUACAAGUAAGCCAGUGAAGAUCUAGAGUUCACUUUGGAGCUUUUAUAAGAAGAUAAAUAUCCGUUUUUACUUAACGAAAAUAUAAAGGAAAUACAAAAAUAUAUUUUGCAAUUUUAAAAUAUUUAAAAAAUGAGUGAUCAGCUUUAAGAAUAAAUAGAUAAUAAUAAUAAUUUUAAUCAAGACUAGAAAAACUUGGCUAAAAGAUUUUUCGACAAAAUUAAUUUAACUACCUCAUAAAAUAUUUUAUAAAAAAUUGAUUAAAUUUUUGUUUUUAAUGUAGAUAAAUUUAAUAUAACUUAGCAAUUAUUAUAUAGCAAACCUUAGUAAAAUUUACACUAAAUUAGUACAUUAUUGAAAUCAAUUUUGCAAAUAUCGAAGAAUAAUGAUAUAAACUCAAAUAUUUUUGAACCUAUUUAAACCUACCUAAAAGAAAAUUCAGAAAAAGCAUCAUCACCUAAUAAAAAUUAAAUAAAAAAAAAUACUUCCAUUUGUGCUUGUAACAUUUUUUGA